CGUUGUCAGUCAGAGGGCGAGAGCGCGCGCGAUUGGACGCCCGGUCAGUCGAUACGUCACGCCAGCCACGAUCGUGUUUUCUUAGUUUUUCUUCGUUACGUUGUUCACAUAAAAAGUGGUUUAAUUAAACAAACGAAUUACUAAAACUACAAUUUAAUACUGUGUGAAUUUAUUUGCCUUUGUUAUCAACAGUAAAUAAAAUAUCGGAAAGUAAAGAAAAUGUUUUGCGUGCACUGGAAUACAUCGAUAUUUGACACAGAGGUCUUAAAUCGCAGAUAGACACAAGAACCAUGGUCUAUGACCACACAUAGAAUUUAAUAAUUAUAAUUAUUUCUAUUAUCUCUUCCUCAAUCGCUUCCCCUGCAUUUUAAGUAACAAUUUACAUAUUAUAGAAAUAUUUAUUAUUGAGUUUACCUCAAUAAAUUAAUAAUAAAAAGCACAUAAUAAAUCACGAACAUAUCUUAGCGACAAUAUUCUUAAAUAGCAUACAAUAUAUUUUUAAUAAAAGCUGAUUUUAAAGGAAUAAAUCAAUAUUUAGAAAGUUUCAAAGGAAUCAUAUCAAGUGAAGCCUUAGGGUCUAUAUUAGUUACCGUGCCAAAGAGAGUUGUAUAAGCUUGGUACUGCAAGAUGUCUCACGGAGUGGUUCAGAAGAAUGAGAAGAACGGCAACGGUGCGCAGGCGCUGGACUCGCCGCAGCACAGCACGGACAGCCCGCCACCCCCUCCCGAUGGGGGAUGGGGAUGGAUGGUGGUCUUCGCGUCUUUCAUGAUCCACAUUGUCACCGAUGGCAUGACCUAUUCGUUCGGCGUAUUCUAUGCUGAGUUCCUGACCUACUUCGAUGAGGGCAAAGGCAAGACCGCGUGGAUCGUAUCUAUCCUCGUAGGCGUCACUCUAAGUUCGGGGCCCAUAUCAAGCUCGUUCGUGAACCGGUGGGGAUGUCGCGCGGUGACGGUGGCUGGCGCAUUGCUUGCCUCCACCUGUGUCGUCCUCUCGGCCUUCGCGAACAACGUGCUCACGCUCAUCUUCACGAUCGGGGUCGGCACAGGGUUCGGCUUCGGGCUUAUCUAUCUUCCCGCCAUAGUCAGUGUAACAGUAUGGUUCGAACGCUACAGAAGUCUUGCUACUGGUAUCGCGGUAUGUGGUUCCGGACUUGGAACAUUUUUAUUUGCACCAAUCACAUCGGCUUUAAUAGAAAACUAUGGGUGGCGCGGUGCUAUGGCUAUCAUCGGUGCCUUAAUACUGAAUUGUGUGCCACUAGGCCUUAUAUUUAAACCUGUUCCUGAACCCCCAAGAACUCCAGCAUCAGAACCUAUGCUACCCAAACAACCAAAGUCUCCACUAAAAAGAUCUCAGAGUACAGAGCACGUCCUUAGAGCAAAUGGAAAAGUCGAUGACAAUGAUAUUGCAAGGUUAACUUUAUCUCAACCUGCUCUGAACAAACCACAUGAACAGAAACCUCCGCCCUCGCGGCACGGUAGUGGUAUCAUGCAGAGGCCGGACGUUCUAUAUCAAGGCAGUAUGACAAGUCUAGCCAGGUUUAGAUCAACGUCUCCUGAAAGAACAUUCACUAGUGUUACGAAAGAAGAACCAGAAGUGAAAUGUGGAUGGUUGCCUUGCUCAACAGAAUUUAAAGCAGCACUCGGGGAAAUGCUCGAUGUAUCGCUCCUCGUAGAUCCAAUAUUUAUUUUAUUCGCCGUAUCUAACUUUUUAACUAGCAUUGGUUUUUACAUACCGUAUGUUUACACUGUACCAAUGAGCGAAUCACUUGGAGUUGAGAAUCCACCAUACCUGAUUUCCAUAAUCGGGGGAUCUAACUUGGUGGGCAGAAUAAUUCUCGGUUACAUAAGUGAUAAGCCGUGGGUAAACCGCUUACUGGCUUAUAAUUUGUGCCUUACAAUUGCAGGAAUUGGUACGGCAAUGGCCAUGGCGUGCUGGGAGUUUUGGGGUCUUGCUUUAUACGCUACGACGUUUGGAUUCACCAUCGGUGCAUACGUAGGACUGACAUCAGUUGUACUUGUGGACCUACUAGGGAUCGAGAAACUAACAAACGCAUUUGGUCUUCUCCUCUUAUUCCAAGGAAUUGCUUCCCUAAUUGGUCCACCAUUUGCAGGGUGGCUGUUUGAUACGCUACAUUCGUACGCGCCGGGCUUUUACGUGGCCGGAGGUACAAUAUCACUGAGUGGGCUGAUAUUGUUCUUUAUCCCGGUGAUCGAGAGGCGCCAGCAGAGGCGGUGGGAGGAGAGCACGGCGCUGGAGCAGAUAUAGCAGGACGCGGCGGUGCGCUCGCGCGCCUGCCCGGCCAUCGUGCUGUGCAGCCCUUCCACGCGCAGCGUGAGCUCGGCCUGCGCCAGCUCUUCCAGCUCCUCUUACACCAACAGGGUAUACAACACUACAAUAAUAGGUGACAAAAAUAAUUAUUAUGUAAAUGAUGAAGAUUGUGACUUUGUAAAUAUCGAUGCGAUGAAUGAAUGCGACGAACGUUUCAAUAUAGACUAUCGAACCCAUUCCAGAGGAAGUGUUGUGUGCGUGCGUGAUCUGUGAAUACAUAGUUAAUAAGAAAAAAGGUGCAAUAUAAAUGUUUAUUUUCAUCUUUGUAUCAAUUUGUUUUAUUGAAACUUAUAAUAUUUAAAGUGCCGCUAUGAUACGUUUCCUAUGAACUGCAAUCGAUCGAUUUAAUUAGCCGUAAGUAGUAAUGUGUAUAAUCUAAAUAUAUCCAUGUAUAAUACACAAUUAAUCUUAUUGUAUAGAUAGGAAUACUGUAAAAUGUUGAUAGUAGACCGAAUUUUCUUGGAGAAAUGUAUAAUAUUAAAUUUGGCUGUUAUUUGGCACUAUCAAUGAAUUGAAGUACACAAGUGAAUAGUUUCUUGAGAUAAAUAUUGACUAGUCUGUGCUGUACUGUGUGCGUGCAAUCUUAGACCAUAAUACAUGGCCUUACUGCGGACCAAUCGUGGGUAGGAUGUGAUGUCAUCAGAAGUACCUAGUAAAGGCAUAUUGUGCUUUUUGCAAGUUUAGAAGUAAUCGAUCAACUAAUAUUUCAGCCAUUUCAUUCACUUCUUGGGCAACUGUUAUUUUCUUUUUAAGUAGGAAUUAUUUCCACGUUGUGUUCAGUAGCAUAAUUUUUCGGUUAGGACUAGGUUGGAUUCAUAAUCUUCCUUCACUAAAGUAUACAAGUAAUGUACAUUUCGACUGAAUUAGAUAUCUAACCAUACAAUGUAUCAUACUUAUGUACUGUGUAACUGGACUGCGCUGAUAUUCUUCGUACAAAUCUUUUCACUUUGUAUUGUAUUGUUGGCAAUCUUGUAAUCGUAUUUAAUACGGUUCCACGCAUUAUUUAAUGUUACUAUUAUAUUAUGUAUACUAUACAUAAAUAUCUAAAAUAAUAAUAUAUUUAAACUGUCUGGA